AUGAAGGCAGAUGGCAGGCAGAGCUGUUUCUCCGACAUCUAUGCCGGCUCAGGGGGGAGCCUAUCUCUUUGCCUUCCGUCCUGUCACCUUUUCCCAUCCCCCUCUCCAUCUCCUCCUCUCCUCUUCAUAUUGCCCCUCCCCCAUCUCCCCCUCUCCUCCUCAUAUUGCCCCUCCCCCAUCUCCCCCGCUCCUCCUCAUAUUGCCCCUCCCCUCCAGCUGCCCCACAUGGAUGCCCCUCUGCCACGCCCCCACAUGGAUGCCGCUUUGCCAGUCAGUGAGCAAUUUGCGCUCUAUGCCAGCUCAGGGGGAGCCUAUCUCUUUGUUCCGCAUCCUGUCAAACCUCAUUCCCUCUGCCGCUCCAUCCCGCCCCCUCUUCCGUUCCCCCCCCAGCUGCCCCACAUGCGCGCCCCUCUGCCAGUCAGCGAGCAAUUCGCCCUCUAUGCCAGCUCAGGGGGAGCCUAUCUCUUUCUGCCACAUGGCACUGCCGUUCCUAUAGUGAAGGAGCAGCAGGGUGCGGGUAGCAGCAGGAGCACGGGGAAGGAAAAGCACAGGCACGGGGAGAGGAGCGGGAGUGGGUAUGGGGGAGACAGGGAGGAGGAGAGAGGGGGAAGGGGUUCUGGGAGAGUUAGGGGGGAGAGGAGGGGGAAGGGAUAUGGACGGAUUGAAGGGGAGCGAGGGGGGAGUGGUGUGCAUGGGAUGGUUAAGGGGGAGGAGGGAGGGUCGACCUCGUUGGUGUGCAGAGGGCCGCUAGUGGAGGAGGUGCAUACACGGUUCAGAUUCACCCAUCCGAAUGAUUGGACGGCUGAGGUGCAAGCUGAGGAUGUUGACCCUUGGGCGGGGGGGGGAGGGGAGGGGGAGGGGACUGGGGAGGGGGGAGGGGAAAGGGAGGCAGGCACGACUGCCAAUGUGGCAGAGGAAGCUUUUUCUGCUACAGCCCGAAAGCUGCUAGUUGAUGAUAGUGAAGCUGACAAUAGCGAGGAUGAAAGAGAUGUUUCUGGGAGUGAGGAUGAGGAGGAUAGACAGGGAACGAGUGAGAGAGGGGCUGUGGGAGAGAGUGAGGGUCAGGAUGAAGGAAGACACUUGGAAGAGGGAGAGUGGGCGAGCAAAGGAGUAAGUGUGGCUGAGGGAGCAAGCGGGGGAGUGAGUGAGGGAGCGAGCGAGGGAGUGAGUGGGGAGGAGCUAGACGUGUUGCAUCCGCGCCAUUUUGAGGGGAAGGAAGCGGCGGGAGGGUUGGUGUGGCUGACUGGCGAGCAGCAGCGAGUGUUUGGUAAGCUGCUGGAGCAAUCACAGAGGGAGGAGCAGGGGGAGGAGAAGAUUCAGAGAGCGAGUGAGGGAGUGAGUGAGGGAGGGAGGGAGGGAGCGGGUGGGGGAGCGAGUGGGGGAGCGAGCGGGGGAGCGAGUGAGGGAGCGAGUGAGGGAGCGGGUGAGGGAGUUAGCGAGGGAGCAGGCGAGGGAGUUAGUGAGGAAGCAAGAGAGGGAGCGAGUGAGAAAGUGAGUGAGGGAGUGAGUGAGGAGGAGCUAGACGUGUUGCAUCCGCGCCAUUUUGAGGGGAAGGAAGCGGCGGGAGGGUUGGUGUGGCUGACUGGCGAGCAGCAGCGAGUGUUCGGUAAGGUGCUGGAGCAAUCACAGAGGGAGGAACAGGGGGAGGAGGAAAUUCAAAGAGCGAGUGAGGGAGUAAGUGAGGGAGUGAGUGAAGGGGUGAGCGAGGGAGCGAUUGUGGGAGGUAGUGAGGGAGCAAGUGAAGGAGAGAGCGAGGGAACGAGCGAAGGAGCAAGUGAGGGAGCGAGUGAGAUGGCGAGUGAGGGAGUGAGUGAAGACGAGCUAGACGUUUUGCAUCCGCGCCAUUUCGAGGGCAAAGAAGCGGAGGGAGGGAUGGUGUGGCUGACUGGCGAGCAGCAGCGAGUGUUUGGAAAGGUGCUGGAGCAGUCGCAGAGGGAGGAGCAAGGGGGGGAGGAGAUUCAGAGAGUGAGCGAGGAAGUGAGUGAGGGAGGGAGGGAAGGAGGGAAUGAGGGAGCGAGUGGGGGAGCGAGUGGGGGAGCGAGUGAGGGAGCGGGUGAGGGAGUUAGCGAGGGAGUUAGUGAGGGGGUGAGCGAGGAGGAGCUAGACAUAUUGCAUCCGCGGCACUUUGAGGGCAAGGAAACAGCGGGAGGGCUGGUGUUUCUGACUGGCGAGCAGCAGCGUGUGUUUGGAAAGCUGCUGGAGCACUCACAGCGGGAGGAAGACCAGGGGCAGGGGCAGGGGCAGGGGCAGGGGCAGGGGCGGGGGCAGGUGCAGGGGCAGGGGCAGGGGCAGGGGCAGGGGCAGGUGCAGGGGCAGGGGCAGGGGCAGGGGCAGGGGCAGGGGCAGGGGCAGGGGCAGGGGCAGGGGCAGGGGCAGGGAGAGGAGGAGACUCAGCACACGCAGCAACGAGAAGAGUCAGAAGGCGAGCGGUUGGCUGCAAUACAGAGCGGUGAAGAAGCAAAACUCCUGGCAGAUCUUGCAUCACCGAACCUCGCAUCACCAGACCUUGCCUCGGCACGUGCAGCAGCGGAGCAGCGGCGAGAGGAGCGGAGGAAGCAGCGGUUGAGAUGGAUGCAGAGGGUGCGGGGGACGCAAGGGGCAGGGCGGCCGCCGUGGUUAGACGAUGAUUUUAACUACACACUGCUCUCGCCUGCUGAUGCUGCCAGUCAAGAGGCGUUGGAUGCGUUGUUUGGGGGUGAGGGGCACGGGGAGGAGGGGGAGAGGGGUGGGGGGAGGGAGGCGGGAAGAGAGGGGAUGGGGGCCGGGAAGAGGUGGAGGGAGAGUGUGGCGAGGGAGAGGAGGGAGUGGAUUGAGGCGAGGCGCAGGCAGAGAGGAGGGUAUGGGGCUGCUGGUGGUGAUGAUGAUUCUCCUGCAGCUGCUGCAGCUGCUGCUGGUGCUGCCAUGGGACUUGGUGAGGCUGAAGGGCCGGAAGAGUCAGAGGAAGAUGAUCAACCCGACAGCUUCGACCAACAGUCUCACCCCUCAUUGCAGCAGCAGCAGCAGCAGCAGCAGCAGCAGUCUCAAAGUUACCAGCAGCAGCAGCAGCGGCGGGGGGCACCAGAGCCAGUGGUGCGGGUGGUGAGGCUGUACAGGGUGCAUUCGGUGCAGGCUCUGCUGGUGGAGGUGCAGCACCGGGUGGACCUCACCAGCCGCAUGUGGCUCGGGAACAAGGAGCUCGUGGUCCGGUCCGGCAACGUCUUUCACACGGACCUGAAUGGCUUUCAGAUGGUGCGCAGGGAGACCCUCGCUCGCAUCCCCCUGCAGGGCAACUUCUACCCCAUGCCCGCCCUCGCCUUGCUGCAAGACCCCUCUGGGCUGCGCUUUUCUGCUCACACACGCCAGGCCAUGGGAUGCGCCACCCACGUCUACCCCAUGCCCUCCCUCGCCUUGCUGCAAGACCCCUCUGGGCUGGGCUUCUCCUUGCACACACACACGCCAAGCCAUGGGCGCUGCCAGUCUCAAGUGCGGCUGGCUGGAGAUGGUGUUGGAUCGGCGGCUGAACCAGGACGAUGGGGAGGGGGCUCACACAGGGAGUGUCUGACAACCAGCCUCUGCUCUCCCUGCUCCACCUCUCCCUUGAAACCAACACCUCCCCUCUUCCCACUCCCACGCCCCUCCUUCCUCCCCCAGAGUGGUUGGCUGGAGAUGGUGUUGGAUCGACGGCUGAACCAGGAUGAUGGGAGGGGGCUCACACAGGGAGUGUCAGACAACCGCCCGCUGCUCUCUAUCCUCCACCUCUCCCUCGAAGCCAACACCUCCUCUCGCCCUCCCCCCUCCCCCUCCUCCUCCACCCCGCUCAAGCCCUCCCUCCUCUCUCACUGCGUCUCCUCCCGGCUCAACUACCCGCCUGUUCUUUUCAUCGGGCAGCCCGAAAAUUCUGCGGCUCUGCGCGAACUGGUGCCGCAGGGUGGUGCGGGCAGGGAAGAGACAGGUGGUGUUCGGGGCAGGCAGGAGCGAGAUGGAGUGGAGGGUGCUGGGAUCUGGGAGCAGCAAGGGGGCCGGAAGGCAGUCCACCGCCCACUGCCCAACGCCUCUGCCUCUGCCGAGCCUCCGAUUGCACUGCUGCUGCAUCGGCAAGGCUUUGACUGCAGCUUCGCUCCUCCUCCGCAGCUACGCCGUUCCUGUCGCCCCCCUCAAGCUUCUGGCGACGUGUCCCUGCAACAGCUGUUCUCAGACAGGCUGGUGGAGGGGGUGGAGGAGUUCCCUUUGAAUUUAGUUCCAAAGAAUGGGAUUAGUCUGGUAAGGAAUGAAAGUGGUGCUGGUUCGGGGAAGGGUGGAAAUGGCUCGGACGUUCGAGAAAGGAGGAGCGAGAUCGAGCACAUCGAGCCCAUGGAAAUAAAGGCGUUCAAAUUCUGGCUGGGGAGAAGGCACAGAAAUGCCUAG